ACACACAAGCCAGUGUCUACCCUCUACUAAAACAACACCUUGUUGGAAGCAGGGUCUCCCCAUCAAGAUGGACAUAUGUUAGCGGUGGUGAGGAAGAUGAAAUGGAUGGGCAGAGCGACAAGCGUUACCGGUGACUUUCGGAGCUAAAUAUGCACCUCCGAGGCAUUAAUUUGACGCCUCAUCACACUUCGCGGCACCACCACAAGGUCUGUACCACUUAUAUCGUCCGUGCACACUUCGCCAUCGUCGAAGGAUAUUCCACGGGCCCAAGCGAUAAAAGGGCCAAAUGCAGUUACCGUAAAAUCAAAUAUCACGUGUGCAUUCGGUCACAACGGCGGCCCCAAAAGUACUGACGUGGCCCCCAGCGCACAACUUCCAACACUUCCAUGGGCCGCCUCGAUAAGGUGGUCUCCUCGGCGGCUACUGGUGGCGGCCUAAGGACUCGAAACCGCGUCACAAACAAGACCCGUCUCAAGGUUAUUGACGGCGAUGUUGAAGAUGCCGAACUUGUCUUCAUUGAGGAAGACUCGGAUAAGAACAAGGUCCUGGAUACGGCGGGCGUCGAACAUGAGGAUGCCAAGGAAGAGCAUUUGGUCAAAGUCCUCGCCGCGGCUACCCAACGGAUUUCAGGCCGUAUCCCCAAAUCAACCGAAGAGAAACCAUCAACAGCACAUAUUCCCAUACCCGAUGCUACAGGUGUCGUCGACAACUAUUUGGAGCACUACCCAGAAGGUGUUUGGACCGACCCAGCGGCUUAUGUCAAGUCUUCGGACACGGUUGAGGAGUGUGUCGAUGGUGCCAUUCUCGGCGGGUCGACAUACGACAUGGACGAACGCGACGUUGAAUGGCUGCAGAAGAACAACAGCAUCGCCCUUGGCGAAGGCUCAAGUAGCGCAAUUCCCUCGCCGACUCGCAAUGUCAAAACCCGGGGCAAGGACAUUGCUUCAGACCGACUUUCUUUUGUCAUCACCGAGGACGAGAUAGAACUCGUGAUGGGUCUGUUCGAGAAGUUCACCGACGAGAAAUGCCCUUUCCUUCACCUUGACAUCAAGGGCCUCCCGCCAUUGUCCGAGUACGAGCCGCUCUUCGCCACCCCCCUGUCCCCAACUCUUUUCGCCUCGUUCAUAGUUCCUCCCCAUGCCCGAGACCCCUCACAUCUCAUUCGGCUCGCUCGAACAAUAUACCCCCACUACAAGGAGCGGAAAAUUGCUCGCCAAGGUCACAAAAUAAUACCCUCAUUAAAUUUCGACGAAUCCAAUUCUGAAGAUGCUUACGUGUGUUUCCGCCGACGAGAUGUCAAGUCAGUUCGUAAGACCCGUCGGACGGAUACGACGCCUGCCGAAAAGGUCUCACGGCUACGGCAGGAGCUUAUCAAGGCGAAAGAUCUCGCUAACUUAACCGUUUCGCGUGAGGUCAAGAAGUUGGAGCUCAAUAAGGACGCGCGCAGCGUUCUCGAAGCGAGGAUCAGGUUUAUCGAGUUGAAAAGGAAGCAUCCACAGUUCUCGCUGAGCACAGAUGACCAACUACUCGUGGACCCCGAACGCGUGUUGGCCAAGCGGCCGAAGAUGACGUUGGAGCAGAACGCCGUGUCGCUGAAAAUACCGCGACGAAGUAAGGAUCCUACAGACUUAAAUUCGCCCUAUCCGGCCCUUGAAGAGCAAGUGCAUCCACAUGAGCGUGCCGAGUUAUUCGCUAAGGAGAUCGAGCGCCAAUGCGAGAUGAGAAAGAACUCGGGCUGGGAGGAUUAUUUAGAUCUCCCGACGAGUUUACCCAUCUCAGAUCACUUUUUUCACGCUCUUUCCCUCGCUGUAUCGCCAUCAAAGUCUUCGGUAGAGCACACAGGACGUUCACCGUUCUCGAUCCGAAUACGUACAGGGCGAGGCGGCCGGUCAUUCAUCGAUCGUCGCCCGUUCCACGGAAGAAGAAGAGGAGAUCCUCGGAAUACCCCACCCCCAGUUCCGCAACUAUUUUCAUCAACUCUCUCAUCUGAGGGUGGACUUUGGUCCCACUCACCGAAAGAGUUGACCGUUCAUAUCAAGUCGGAUGAGGGCGAUGAAGGCUCUCAUGAUGAGCCAAAGGAUGAGUAUGUGCGGAAGAUCAAUGAGCAGUGGAGGUUCGACGAUGAUGCGGUAGUGAUGGAAGAGGAGCAACGGGUAUUGAUUGAUGACUUUGACGCUCGGUAUAUUCCCUCGCGUCUUUCUCUAUUUGGGGAAUCGGAACUCAUUGGGUUGUCGGUGGACGAAAGCCACAUCCGCAACGCCGAACUGUACGCCAACGCUAAACAGGAGUCUGGUCAACGGGCACUUAUGGCGGCGCGGCACCAGUAUAUCGCGAUGAAGGAAAUGACGAUUAAGGAACGGAUGCGUCAGCAGCUUACAACGGCUGGGGGGCAACAUGGCGUUACUCCUAGUCAACCCGUUCCUAAUGGCAAUCCUCUUUCCAGACCCACGCCGGACCAGAAUGCCCAGAUGCAGAAUGCGGCGCUCGCCAUGCAAGCAUCAGGUCAGCUCCCGAUGAAUACCUCUGCUCUAGCUGCAGUUACACAGCAGCUACAGCAAUCCGGCACGAUCCCCGUGUAUAACGGGCAGAUGCCUCAGUCGGCAGCACAUUUGAAAAAGAUGGCCCAAAUGCCUAUGCUAGCACCGCAGCAGCGAGCCGGUUUCAACAUUUCCCAAACCUCUCAAAUGGCUGUCAAUGGGAAUUUGCCACAAAUACAGCAGCAACAAAUCCAGCAACCCCACCCCCAACUCCUUCAACAACCUUCACCGACAACACCAGCUUCAUCGCAGCCCCAAACCCAGUCCUCUGCAGGCCCAGCGCCUCCACAACCUACUCCGUCAUACAACCCCUCUCCUCAUUUAUCCCCAACUUCCAUGCGUCCACCCACUCCCUCCGUCUCACCCACAGAUCCCAACCCGGGUCUUACGCAAAACUCUCCUACACGCCCACCUUCUCAGAUCACGCAGCAGUCCCCCAUGGUCGUGCCUCAAAUCACUGGCAUGCCAUUCCACAGCGCAUUACCGUUCAACUAUACGCCGGGCCCCCAAGGUGUGCCGCAAUAUCCCACCCCAAAUGGAACAGCCCAACCGUCUCAGCCAUCUCAGAUAUUAGCGGGGCAACAGCAAUUACCGCAGCACUACUCGCGGGAGCAACUGGCGCACCAAAUAGCGCAACAGCACCAGCAUGCGGCUAUGAAGAAUGGAAUAAACACCGUGAACGGCGGGCAUCCAUACCUGAACGGAACAUCUCAACAGCAUGUACAGCAAAUGCCGAAUGGUGUACCUCGCAACGGCAUGAUGAUGAUGCCGCCGCCUCAAGCAUAUCAUGGCCUCCAUAUGGCGAAUAAUGCUGCGAAUGGGGCGCCGCCAGUGAUGAACAUGUCCGCGACAAACAUGCCGUUGAAAUCUGCGAGACAAUGGCCGCGUCAUAGCGGUGGUCAGGCGGAUAUAAAUAGCAACGCUCCAAACGGUAAUCCAACAGGUUCUCCUGUUAUGCAGCAUCACGUCAACUCGCCAAAUCUUGGAGGACAAGGCUCGCCUGUACGUAUGAACGGGGUGCUGCCUGGUGGGAGGAAUUCGCCUAUGAACCCUCAUCCAUCCCUGCAACAGUUGCCGCAACAUCAACCCUCGCCGCUGAUGGACGUACACCAUGGGGCACCUCAAAUUCCUUAUCGUGCCACCGCUUCUCCUCGUUCUGCCUCGUCGGUAGCUGACAUUGCAAUGCUUCAACAGCAUCGCCAGUCACAAUCACCUCACCUCGCAAUGCCGAGCCCCGCCCACCAGCAUCAGAUGCUUGGCAACGGUGCUGGCUGAGGCAUCAAUACUUCCGCCCUAUACUUGACCCCAUCACCCCCAUUCUAAUUUCUAAUCAGCCAAAGUCGUCGUCAUGCCCGUUCCCACCUCCCUUGCCAUUCACUUUUACCCUUGGCUCGUUGUAGCGUGCACCUGCUCCGCUCUAUGCCUUUUCUUAAGCUCCGCUUAUGAAAUCUUCUAGUGCGCAAUUCCACGCUUUGCAAUCCUUGCUUAGCGCCAAUUUCCCUUCACGCAUUACUAUUCCUCAUUUCCAUCCCUCUUAUCUGUUCUAUUCCGCCCUGAUGACCCCGGUAUCGACGACAACAUCAAUUCUCCUCUUUUUCCGGCUUUUCUAUUUUUUUUUUU